CAGGCAGUUAUUUGCAUUCCUGAGAAAGUGACAGCUACCGUCUCAAACCGAAAGAGAAGAAAAUCAUAUUCUUUCAUUUUUUGACCUUUUAUCUCAAAUGAUUCACUGGGAAGAGGAGUUAUGCAAUUGAAGCACCUAAAGACGUUACUUAACCCGCAGGAUGGAGCAGCGAAAAUCACUGCGAUGGCUUGGGCGCCAAACAACACCAAGCUUGCGGUGUGUACAGUGGAACGGGUGGUGCUUCUCUUCGACGAGCAGGGCGAGAGGAGAGACAAGUUUGGCACCAAACCACUAGAUUCAAAGUAUGGUAAGAAGAGUUACACAGUCAAAGCCAUGGCCUUCUCACCAGACUCUACCAAGAUAGCUAUCGGACAGACGGACAACAUCAUCUUUGUCUACAAGAUAGGCGAUGAUUGGGAAUCCAAGAAGGUCAUUUGCAACAAGUUCGUCCAGCAGAGUGCCGUGACCUGCCUCAUCUGGCCACCGGAGAGCAAUAUCGUUAUUGGUCUGGCCGACGGCAAGGUCAGGGUGGCCAACCCCAAGAGCAACAAGUCCUCCACGCUCUACGGGACAGACUCCUACGUCGUCUCCCUCGCCCCAAACCUUUCAGGUAAGGGAAUCCUCUCUGGCCACGCUGACGGUUCCAUCGUCCGCUACUUCCUUGAAGACGAAGGCACCGGGGAAUCGCAAGGCAAGGUCGCCACCCACGCCUGCCCUCCGUACGCCCUCUGCUGGGCGGGGAACAGCAUCGUGGCAGCCGGCUGCGACAAACGCAUUGGAAUAUACAGCAAGGAAGGGCGCAUCAAUCAGCAGUUUGAUUUCAGUCGUGACUCGGAGGAGCAUGAAUUCACCGUUGCCGUCAACAACCCGGGAGGACAGUCUGUGGUAGUGGGUAGCUACAAUAGACUGCGUGUGUUCAACUGGGCCCCUCGUCGCGGCAUGUGGGAGGAGGCCCGUAUGAAGGAGAUCCCAAACCUGUACACCAUCACGACCCUGGCCUGGAAGAAGGACGGCUCCAGACUCGUUGCUGGCACAUUAUGCGGCGGGGUGGAACUGUUUGACUGUUGCCUCCGUCGUUCCGUCUUCAAGAACAAGUUUGAGAUGACCUAUGUCGGACUGAGCCAGGUCAUUGUCAAGAACCUAUCCUCGGGCACAAGAGUGGUGCUCAAGUCUCACUAUGGAUAUGAGAUUGACGAAGUACGUAUCCUUGGCAAAGACCGUUACCUGGUGGCGCACACGACCGACACACUGCUCCUGGGUGAUCUAAGCUCCAACAAACUCAGUGAGGUCCCGUGGCAGAAUACGGGUGGCAAUGAGAAGUUCUUCUUUGAGAACGAAAAUGUGUGCAUGAUCUUCAAUGCUGGUGAGUUGACCUUGGUAGAGUAUGGAGCCAAUGAGAUCUUGGGAUGUGUGAGGACAGAGUUCAUGAACCCUCACCUCAUCAGUGUGAGGCUAAACGAACGCAAGCAGCUGAACGUAGACGACAAUAAGAAGAUGGCCUAUCUUGUGGACCUGAAGACCAUAGCCAUAAUGGACCUGGUCUUCGGACAUAACGUCGCAACCCUAGCCCAUGACUCUAAGGUGGACUGGCUAGAACUCAACGAGACCGGGCGAAAAUUGCUCUACAGGGACAAGAAGCUAAGGCUUCAUCUCUUUGAUGUUGACACUCAGUUGAAGACCACGAUACUGAACUACAGCAGCUAUGUACAGUGGGUUCCUCAGAGUGAUGUGGUGGUGGCUCAGAACAGAGGAAACCUUUGUGUGUGGUACAAUAUUGAUCAUCCAGAGAGGGUCACCAUGUUCCCCAUGAAGGGAGAUAUCGUUGAUCUUGAGAGAGCUGAUGGUAAGACGGAUGUCAUCGUCAAUGAAGGGGUCACGUCUGUAACAUACACUCUUGAUGAAGGUCUGAUUGAGUUUGGUACUGCCAUCGAUGAUGGGGAUUAUGCAAGAGCUGUUGCUUUCCUGGAAACACUGGAGAUGACAUCAGAAACAGAGGCGAUGUGGAAGACCCUCGCCAAGCUAUCCCUUGGUGCAAAACAGCUCCACAUCGCCGAGCGCUGCUUUGCCGCCCUCGGGGAUGUUGCCAAGGCCAGGUACCUGCGUAAGAUCAACAAGCUUGCCGGUGAUAUCAGCAAAGAAACGGGAGAAGACGGUAUGAACCAUUAUAGUGUUCGAGCGAAGCUGGCCGCUCUUAAGAAGGAUUUCUGGGAUGCAGAAACGAUCUACCUUGAGCAAAAUGCUAUUGACGAAGCCAUGGAGAUGUACCAGGAGCUACACAAAUGGGAUGAGGCCAUCAAUGUCGCACAAGGGAAGGGCCAUCCUGAAUUGGAAACCCUGCGUCGGAACUACUACCAGUGGCUGAUGGACACGCGACAAGAGGAGAAAGCUGGAGAGCUCAAGGAGCACGAGGGCGAUCUUCAUGCUGCCAUAAGCCUCUACAUGAAGGCUGGGAUGCCGUCCCGUGCGGCGCGACUUGUUACGAGCAACGACGACUUGAUGGACAAUCGUGAGCUGGUGCAGCGCAUCGCGACGACGCUCAUCAAGGGGGAGUUCUAUGAAAGGGCUGGUGAUCUCUUUGAGAAGACAAGGGAUGAACAGAGAGCCUUGGAGUGCUACCGACGAGGAAAGUCUUACAGAAGGGCCGUCGAGUUGGCACGCCAGGCCUUCCCGAGUGACGUGGUGAAGCUGGAGGAGGAAUGGGGAGAUCAUUUGGUCUCCCAGAAGCAACUCGACGCUGCCAUUAAUCAUUACAUCGAAGCAGGCGCAUCCCACAAGGCAGUCAAGGCUGCGGUGGACUCACACCAGUGGACCAAGGCGGAGCAGAUCAUUCAGCUCCAGGAACCAGAAAUCGGAGAGCGCUACUUCCCCGUCAUCGCCAAGCAUUACGUCACGAUCCAUGAUUACGAGAACGCUGAGCGGUACUACAUUCAGGCCGGCCAAACCAAAGAAGCUAUUGAUAUGUACACAGCAGCAGGGAAGUGGGAGGAGGCCCAUAGGCUUGCAAUGACAUGUAUGAAAGGAGAGGACAUCAAAGUUCUGUAUGUCAACCAAGCACAGGAGAUGGAGGCACAGGGCAAGUUCAGAGAGGCUGAGAGACUCUAUCUGACCGUACGUGAGCCUGACCUAGCCAUCACUAUGUAUAAGAAACAACGUCAGUUUGAUCACAUGGUACGACUGGUCAAGCAACAUCAUCCAGAUCUUCUACAAGACACUCACCUUCAUCUUGCUAAGGAGCUUGAGAAUGACGGAGCCACGCGUCAAGCCGAGCAGCACUUCCUAGAAGCCAAAGACUGGAAAGCUGCCGUCAAUAUGUACAGGACUGCUGAUCUAUGGGAUGAAGCUUACAGGGUCGCCAAGGCCAAUGGAGGAGCCAACGCUUCCAAGCAGGUAGCCUACCUCUGGGCCAAGAGUCUAGGGGGAGAUUCGGCCGUCAAGCUGCUUACCAAGUUUGGUCUGCUGGAGGCUGCCAUUGAUUAUGCCGCUGACAACUGUGCAUUUGAGUUUGCAUUCGACCUGGCCCGUUCAGCAAUGAAAAAUAAGAUGGGUGAUAUCCAUCUGAAGCAUGCCAUGUUUCUAGAAGAUGAAGGCAAGUACAAGGAGGCAGAGGCCGAGUUCAUCAAGGCUAACAAACCCAAAGAAGCAGUUCUUAUGUAUGUUCACAACCAGGACUGGGACUCCGCCCAGAGGAUCGCCGAAGACUACGACUCUGACAGCGUCUCUGACGUCCUGGUCGGUCAAGCCAGGCAGUCCUUUGAACAGAAAGAGUUCCAGAAAGCGGAGUCCUUCCUCCUCAGAGCGCAGCGGCCUGAGCUGGCCGUCAAGUACUAUAAGAAUGCUGAGAUGUGGCAGGAUGCCCUACGGGUGUGUAAGGAGUACAUCCCUCACAAACUACAGCAGCUUCAAGAUGAAUACGAUAGAGAGGUUCUCAACAAAGGUACCAGAGGGUCAAACAACCUUGUUCAGCAGGGCAAAGAAUGGGAAGCGUCCGGAGAGCAUGCGAGGGCGAUAGACUGUUAUCUCAAGCUCACUCCCAAACUCACAACCGAUACUGAACUCCUGGCACAGUGCUGGAACAAGGCUGCUGAGCUUGCCAUGAAGUUUAUGGACUCCAGCAAGGCUCUGGAUAUCACGAAGGUGGUCUGCCCUCGCUUGGCGGAAAUCAACAAGCACAACAUGGCUGCGGAGCUCUACCUAAGUCUGGACCUGAUCAAGGAGGCGAUAGACACCCUUAUGGAUGGAGGAGAGUGGGCCAGGGCGCAGAAGGUGGCCAAGGAGCUUGAGCCUCGCUACGAGCGCUAUGUCGAUGACAAGUACAAGGAGUUCUUGAAGAGCGAGGGCCGAGCUGAGUCUCUGGCUACCGUUGACAUCAUCGCUGCCCUUGACAUGUACGUGGACCGUGGUGAGUGGGAGAAGUGCAUGGAAACGGCUGAGAAGCAAGGCUACAAGGUCCUGCACAAGUACGUAGCCUUGUACGCCAGUCACUUGAUCAAGGAGAAUAACUUCUUCAAGGCUCUGGAUCUUUACGUACACCAUGGGGCACCACCAAACUCACAGAACUUCAACAUCUACAAACGCAUUGCCAAUGAGAUCUUCGCCGCCCCUAACCAAGACAAACCGGACUCCUACAAAGUUUGGGCCGAUCUAAGAGAUGUUCUUCUCAAUCUGUGUGAGAACAUGCAACAGACGCAGAUGGCAAACACUGCCCCCCAUCAGGAGUUUGAAACAAUGCUGACCAUCGCUCAUUACUAUGCCAACAGGAGUGCAUGCAUGGCACAGAAGAAUCUGGAACCUGUAGCGGCCAAGCUCUCCAUAGCUCUCCUGCGUCACAGCGAUGUCAUCCCAGCGGACAAAGCCUUCUACGAAGCCGGUGUCCAGGCCAGAGCCCAGAACAUGUACAGCAUGGCCUUUGUAUUCCUCAACCGGUUCCUGGACCUUACGGAGGCCAUCGAGGAAGGCAGUUUGGACAUCCUUGACAACACAGACUUUCAGGAUACGGACAUUCCAUUUGAAGUACCGCUACCGGAGAAGCAGCACAUCGCGGAUGAUCGACGCGAGGAGGUCAAAGAGUGGGUCCUGUCCAUCUCCAUGGACCAGCAGGUGGAACAGGUCCUGGACAAGGACGAGAGAGAUACCUACGUAGCCUCGCUGAUCGCUGCCAAUUCAGGGAUGAGAUCACUGCCGUGUGUCAUUACAGGCUACCCUGUCCCACGAAACAAACUUGAUUUCAAGCGACCCGACAUGGCUGCUAACAAAGAUGACUGGAACAAGUUCCUGAUGGCUACAAAGAUGUCACACAGCACAGAGUGCCAGGAUGUCCUUAAGUUCAUAGGUCAGUGGUGCGGGGCCACACCCAACCCUAGCUACACAUUCCAGUAAUACCAUCUCGACCACACCCCAUCACCACGGCAAUCAGGAAAAAGGGGAGGGAACAAGAUGUAGGCCACUGUUGGGAUAAGUAGCCUUACUUCUGGAUGGGUCAUAUCUUUUAGUAAAUUUCAACAUUAAUUUCUAGUACUACAUGAAUAUCAAUAAUUAUACCUCACUCAAAAAUAAAUUUGUAUGAUUAAUUGAAGGUAUAGUUAAUUUAAAUUGUCACAUUUGUGUUGCUAUGUCAGUCGUUCACAUUUGUGCUUCUCUGUCUAGUGACUUGGGUGUGUUCAACUUCAAAAUUUUUGCAAUUUACAUUCUGUUCGUACGCUGAAAAGGUGAAAUUACUUUGCACGUAUGUGUCACGAUUUUACUGAAAGAGGUGUAAUAAUAAUAAUAAUAAUAACGGUUUAUUUACCCAGGGUAGCCACUUCAGUUCCAAAAACUGUUCUCCCAGCGGGCCCUGUUAUUAUUAUUGCUCAGGUUUAAGUUGUAACAAAAAAUAUUUAUUAACAGACCAAGUUAUUUAAAAAUAAUAUUCUUUUAACUGAAAGACAAGUUUUCGCAAUAUUGAUUACAAUGCACACUUCAGUUUUCAUCUGAGUUCCAUAUCAAAGAAUCAAAUUUUGGGCCUUUAUUUUAAACACAAACUCAGAAUUUGUUCGUACAAUUGCUUGAUCAGAUCAUGAUGUGAAGUAAAAUUGUAUAGAAAUGGAGUUUGGAUAUGCAAACAGGUUUAUUAUUUUAUGGAAUUACCCAAUAUCAACAAAACAAUAGUGACUGGUAUGGAGAAGAAUGGUUGCCAACAUAUAAAGAUUUUACUUGAAUAAAUAUUCAUUGUCACCUUGAUGUAAGCAUAUUAACACAAACUGGUGUUGAAGCACUCCAUUUUGUUAUAUUCCUGGCAUGUUUAUCUUCAAUAUUUGUUAUCAUAUGCCAUGGUCUGCUGUGUAAAUCCUUCACUCCGGUUGAGGGGUCUGAAUGUGCAGCCUACAAAGACUUGUGUACUGACAGAAGGCCCUCUACAUGUGCUAGUCUUUGUGUGAAGACCCACUUGUUGAUCAACGUUUCAAUCAGGGUCUGUGCCCACAGACUAGGUCUUGAUAGAGAUGUGAAAUAGUUCUAUUGCUCAAAAUGGAUCAUAAAAUGCAAUUCACAGAUAAAGGUAAUUCAAGUCGAAACAGGGAAAUGCAUGAAAGACAUGAAGUCAUAUAAAGUCAUUGAGUCCUAUGCCAAGAUUUGUUAUAAUUUCCACUUUGUGUACCGAUUAAUUGUUUUUUGACUUUGUCAAAUUAAAAUUUGGUUCCUGAAUAAUUCAUAUAAUCAUAUAGACUAAGUUGUGUUAGACCAAGUUGAAUAUUAGACGAAAUGGGUUUAGCCUAACUGGCAAUUAGGCAAAAUGGUCAGUAGACAUUUUGGUUGCAAACGAAUAAGAAUUCAAUUUUGUGUGAUGAGACUGAAGUAGACCAAGCGGAUGUCGACUCAAGUGGCACUUGACUCUCUCAAAUACCUAGAUCUCAAAAUCAUAUUAUUUUCCAAUGUAUUCAUUAUUUAUAAAUUUCAAAAAUCACCUUGAAAAAAUAUUAAAACAAAUUAUGUUGUACAUGAAUGAUCUACCUUCUAUAUUAAAUUUGUUGUUAUUAAUGUACUGAUUGUCUACAUUUAACCACUGCACCUUGAAGGAUAUAAAUGUAUCAAUCUCUCUGUGUACUACCAAUGUGUUUUCAUAUUUUAUUGCAGAUGACAAUAUUUGUUCAUAUGUUUUGCUGUGCAUACGAGAAAUAUAUAGAUUUAAUACCAGAUAAA